AUGGAGGCCUUCUGCUCCCAUGCCACCCAACGCGGCCCGCACUGCAACAAGCCACAGAAGUUCCGGUGGGGUGCCUGGCGCACGGGGCACAAGGAACAGCGUGAGCUCACCAUGGCAGAUGCGGGGUCCGUGGCUCGAAGUUUGGCUUCCCGAAGUGCAUUGAAGGAUAAACCCACGGGGGUCACAAAGAUCCCUGAGGCCUUGUGGAUUGAUUUUCCGGGAAAGAACCGGAGUAUUUGGAGAAUCCGAUUUGCCCUGGAGAAGUUCGAGAUGAAGAUGCAGGCUGAAGAGGACUGGCGGAGCUUGCGGCAACAGCUGCUUCAUGCCGUCCGCGCCGCUGUACGCGGUGUCCUGUUGCGUAGGGAGGAGGGCUCCAGAAAGCCCAAGCCGCUGCAGAUCUCGGUGGAAGGGAUUAAACUUUGCCAAAAAUUGGAGCGAAAAGAGGAACAUCGACCUGAUUGGCCCAAGUUUUUGGCCACCAUUUCCAUUGAAACUGCAGAUUCGGAAGCUGCUACUGCCAUCUCCUCCAGCUUAAGCAGUCGAGCCUUCAGGCGGUCCUUCGCUACGGCGGCCUCCCAACAGUUGGCAUCGCUGGGAUCGGUGGCACACGUGCGAGUGGAGCAGGAGCUGCCACAGGACAUUGAAUUGGAGGGGGGCUUAGGCGAAGAUCUCUUCGUGGUGGCUGUCCCUGAGGGGCGCAUCACGGAUCUGGGACUUUGUGAAGGCUACGAGCUGCAAGCGGUGCUCCGUAACGGCUGCGACCUCUGUGAGCAGGGCCGACAGCUGCGGGCCAUGGCCAGCCAUGACGUCCUGGCUGCCAGUCGUGUGGCUGGACCACUGCGGCUGUGUUUUCAGAGUCCCUUCGCCAAGCUGCCGAAAUUCUCGGAGAAGCAGCUGGCGAAUCGCUUCGGCUUUGGAAAAGUGCGGGAACAGCAUUUUCAUCGAUUGGUGUUUGAACUGCAGUUUGCAUGGAUGGAAUUCAAGAUCUCGAGUCAAAGUGACCUGACUCAGCUGAACGAAGCUCUGUCGGCCGACGAAGACGCCGUGAUCUGCCAUGAGUUGAAGUUGGGUGGACUGAACUUGCGGCAAGGUUGGAGGCUUCGAUCAUUGAACGCCCAGAGUUGUUUGGCUGCGAGCGAUGUGGCGACCUUUCAGCUGCAGCACUUGCCCAUGUCUUUGGAAGCGGGGCCACCACGUGAAGUGAAGAACCUCACCUUGAAGAAACUGCAAGGUGCCUUGAAAAAAGCUGGGAUUCAUUGGCUGCAGGAACCGGAGCAAAUGAUUCUGUUGGAGCUGCUCCAACAAGAACGAGAGGAUGCGGGGACAGAUUCCUGGAUGGAUGACUUGGCGGAUGUCUUCGUCAUCGACUCCGCGGGCGACUUCAAACGCAUCGCUGGCCGAGAGCUGGGGCUGCAGCACGUCUUCCACGUGUCCCGAAAGAUCCAGGAGGCGCUGAGCAGCAAGAAAUCCGCCACAGCGGGGAUGAUGGAUAUGACGAUCAAACAGAGCGACUUUGCCAACAUCCUCGAUGCAGGUGGCUUGAACUGGUUGACGCGGGAGCAGGUGGCAAUCAUCUAUCACAGUAUUGCAGGAGAAGACCAGCAAGCCGGAAUCAGUUUGAACGAUUGGAUCUCACGCUUUAAAUGGAAUCCCAUGGAAGCCGCCAGCGAAGUGGAGAACGUCUUGCAGGUCUGGGAAAGGCGAUUGGAUCGACGCGCCCAGUUGUUGCAUAGACGUGGGAAUCGACAGAAAGGGACCUUCUUGAAACCCCAGAGUUUGUCCUUCUGGGCUUUCCACGGCAUCUUAACGGAGAUGGCCGUGGAUUGGUUGUCGCUGCCCCAGCAGCGCUUGUUGUUCCGCAGCCUGGACAGCAACCGCGACGGCCGCAUCGACUUAGAGGAGUUGAAGGCCUUGGCGCAGCGCCGGGGGCAGAUCGAACUCCUGCGACAGGAGCGGAACGAUGCAAUGCCAGGGGCCACCUUGGCUGCGGACACAGAGGAAUCCAACUCUGAGGAUGAAGCUGUGGAUGGGCAGGAUGGGCAGGAUGGGCAUGUUGCGGACACGGGGCAUGAGGUCGAACAUGGAUCAAGAGAUGGCCAUAGUCAGACUGAUGGCGAGGGCUACACUGAGUUCAGUGGAGUCUCGCCCACCUCCGCUAUGUAUGAAGACGACUUCAGCCAGGUGAGUCCAGACAGCGGUGCCUUAAGCCCCUCGAGCCCCUCGAGCCCCUUGAGCCCCGGUGACGCGGCCGCUGACAUGGCCCUUGCUGCUGUGGGCACCGCCCGCGGCGACGCCACGGAACCUUCGCAGCGCUCACCCGCCUCGCCGGCCUCGCCGGCCUUGGUCUCCGCAUCGGAGGCGCCCGAAACGCCCGGGGCAGAGGCGCCGGAGGCGUCGGAGGCGACGGAAGCGUCGGAGGCGUCGGAGUAUGGGGACGACUUCGAAGAUCGGGCACAAGAUGCACAAGUGAAUGCGCUUGUGGCAGAAAAG